GCAUAAGGCUAAUUCGAUUUCCUAAAGAGCUCGUUACUGUAAUUGCGCUGAUACACGAAGCAGAGAGGUAGCCCUCCGCGGAGAGCGCGCGAACACAAAAUCCAGUGAAGCUGUUGAUGGACAAAGUGCUGGUGAAUAAUGAGCGUAGGAAUGGCCUACAUGGGACUGGUCCGCUGAACCUACACUCUCCAGCAACGUUUCUUUCUACUGAACUCAUCUGCAGGCCAGUGUUUCUGAUCCUUUUGACGAAUUCAAUUUUGUUGAAACAAGAAGGGUAGAAGUUUUGGACUAAAUCUGUGGCUAUCUUGAUUGCGUUUCUGCUUCUUUGUUGGCUGCUGUUCCAGGCUUGAAUUUCGCUUAGCUGCAAAGAGCUCUAGCAUUGAGAAAGCGUUUGUCUUGUCGCAGACAAGAACUCAAAGUUUUGACACGAGCAGCCAGUCUGUCCGGUCAUCCACGUAUUGUUGAUGAGGCUGUUGUAUUGUUGUAUUGUUGAGCCAUUUGAACACUGAAACGCAUCUCUGUUAGCUGUAGAUCAAUUGAGUGAUUAAUUAAUUUUCUGUGGUGUGUUUCGUAAUUACACUGUACAGUUGUGAACACUCAAUGCAAUCAGUACAUAGGAGACACUGUACAGUACUCUAUUGCUGCGUUUGUCCAGGAAUGAAUGUGAUCAAGUUGCGGCAGAGUUGCAGCGCGGGAAAAUUUCCGCUGCUGCUUACCACGCCGGGUUAAACGACAGCGACCGCACAGCUAUCCAGCAGCAAUGGCUGUGUGACGUGCACAAAGUGAUUUGUGCGACCAUUGCGUUUGGUAUGGGCAUCGACAAGGCUGAUGUUAGGUUCGUGAUUCAUUAUUCACUUCCAAAAUCUCUUGAGGGUUACUACCAGGAGACAGGGAGAGCAGGCAGAGACGGAGAAAUUGCGGACUGCAUAUUGUUUUAUGGUGAUUCGGAUGUAGAACGACUGAGGAAGCUGAUUGACUCGGAGUUUAUCAACAGUGGUCGAACGUUUGCUCAAGAUGGAGAUCCUCGAUCAAUACGUCUGGCGAACUUGAAGGCAAUGGUUCAGUAUUGCGAGAACGUGUCAGAUUGUCGUCGAGCCCAGCAACUCUACUACCUCGGCGAGUCAGUCAGUAGGCGACUAUGCGACGCCAACUCCGAAACAGCAUGCGACAACUGUUCAUUCAGGGUCAAAUUCGACAGAAACGACAUGACCGAUCUAGCUCAAUGCGUCCUUCGAAGCGUGAGACAACUGACGUCAGGCAGGGAGUCCAACUUCACACUCAACUACGUCAUCGACGUCCUACGAGGCAGCAAACUGCAGAGGAUCUUGCAACUGGGACACGACAAGCUGGAAAUGUACGGCAAGGGUCCCAGCGGUCGUUCGGACGUCGAGCGGUUUGUUCAUAAGCUCGCGCUAGAUGGUUUUCUCAUGGAGGAGAUGCAUUUGGGAAUGCACGACAACAUCAUUGGGUACGUUCGCUUGGGUAAACGCGGUGACGCCCUACUCGAGGGUAAAGCACGCUUUUUAUUCGACGUGCCGGUUUCUGUCGCCACCAAUCGGUCAUCGGCGAGGACUCCGAGCGUUCCGGUGUCUGGUAGAGCUCGACAACAACUCGAAAAGGACUGUCUGAAGUCACUCAGAGAGUGGCGCAGUGCGGUUGCGCGAAAGUUCAGUGCGACGUUUAAGUCUCACUGGAUUGUCGGCGACGACGCACUGGAGGAGAUGGCGACGACGUUUCCCGUGACGAUAGAAGCUCUUCGGUACAUCUCCGGUAUCGUGCCGACUUACUUGGAGCAUUACGGAGACGAAAUCGUUGCGCUAGUAAAGCAGUAUGCACCUGGGGGUGAUCCGCCUACAGAGGUGGAGGAAGUCGACGGGCAGUCGGGGAUCGAGUCGGGGUAUUGGGCUGAUCCGUGUUACGUUGGGGAGGGAAUGGAGACGGAUGAUAAAUGGAAGAGAGGAAGCGGACCCGGACGAUCAGGGUAUGGCAGAGGACGGGGACGAGGGAAACAGACGACGGCAGGAUGGGGAAAGAGUUGUGUACGAAGUACAAGUCGCUCUGCUCCUUCUCUGCCGGUGACUUCGACGUCUAGGUCAUCGAAUACAAGUAACUUUGCGAGGCCAGAUCUGCAGAACCGAUCGGUGGCCGUCUUCAAUAACGCCAAGGUUCCGUCCAGAUCGGCUAGUGGUGUACCUCUUGUUACUCCGGGACCAAAGAGAAGAAAGGUUGGAGACUAGAUAUAAAACUGUAAUUAAUAUGUAAAAAUUGAUUUCUACUGGAGUGCAUAGACUGGUAGGAUCGUGGGUAUAGUAUACGAUGUGAAUAAUAUUUUGAAGAAGUAAAGCGGGCUGAUAAUUCUUAUCGACUGUCUUUUAUAUACCGCGGAUUUCUCCAAACAAGAACGACUUGAACAAUG